AUGAAGAGAAAAUGGGAAGAAAGACUGAAUAAAGUUGAAGAACGAGCGUCUUACUAUGAAAGAAACCCUCUUCCUCCAGUUUAUAGACCAAAACUGUCCAAACCCUUUCAGCCAUCCUCUGUUUGGAAAAUAUUUUGUCGGCAGGCUGAAGCUUUCAAUUAUGUAAAAAUCUGCAAAGAGGAUGUUCACGUAUUUGCCUUGGAAAAGAACGCACAAAGUGGACAGAGGUUUUACCUUGUGACAACAUAUAAAGAGCUUUGGUUUUAUUACACGAAAGGUUAUAAAACAAGUCUUAUGCAUUGCUAUGAAGUAAUUCCUGAAAAAGAUGCUUGCAAACUUUAUUUUGAUUUGGAGUUCUACAAACCAGCAAAUCCUGGUGCAGAUGGCAAGAGUAUGGUUGCAAAGUUAAUUGAGCUUGUCAGCCAAAAAUUAAAAGAACUUUAUGAUGUAAAUUGUUCAGCCAAAGAUGUCUUGAAUUUAGAUUCCAGUACUGAUGAAAAAUUUAGUCGACACUUAAUAUUUCUACCCCAAAAGACUGUAUUUAAGGAUAAUAUCAAUGUUGGUAACUUUGUGAGAACCAUUUUGCAGCCCGCUAUAAGGUUAAUGGAGCGUAAAGCUGCUGUUGUGAAUCCAGAAGAAGGAGCAGGACACGAUUUCCAGUGUUCUGCAGAAGCCGUUGGAUUAGGUGGUUCUCUUACAAACCUCGCAGCUGUCGAAGAUGCUUCCAAAGGCUGGCCAGCCAGUGCUGGCAAAACAAACGAUAUGGAAACACCACACCAGGGAGAAGAUGCGGAAUUUUCUUUUCUAAUAGUAAACACUAAAGAAAGAGACAAGCAACUUUUUGUGGAUCUAGGAGUUUAUACAAGGAAUAGAAAUUUCCGGAUGUAUAAAUCAUCAAAAGCAGGAAAAAAUGUGAUUCUGAAGAUAGCAGAGGAUAACAAGUUUGUCCCUAAUUGUGAAGAGAAUGUUUCCUUGGAAGAAGCAUACUUUCUUUCCUCUUUGAUCUGCAACAUUAGAGUGAAGGAUGACACAAAAGUUCUGUCAUCGGGCUUUUCAGAGGAGGAGAGAAAAAUGUCUGCUUUUAUAAACAGUAAAACUACCAGAAGCCGUAGAGAUUCCAUGGAAGGUUAUCAGGAUUCACCAUAUCCAGAAAUUGAUGAUUUUGUUCGUUCUUUGGUUAAUAAAGACGGGGUGCAAGGAGGGAUACGACGAUGGAAUUAUUUCUCUCUGGAAGAAAUACUUAUAUAUGAUAUUUCUGGUUACCGUUGGUGUGAAAAUAUUGGAAGAGCUCACAAAAGUAACAACAUAAUGAUUCUGGUAGAUCUGAAGAAGGAAGUCUGGUAUCAAAAGUGUCAUGAUCCAGUCUGCAGAGAAAACAACUUCAAAUCACAAAGUUUUCCAUUACCACCUGGGAUAUGUCUCCCUUUUCUUUUCAAAGAGGAAGAAGAGUAUACACUAAUGGAUGAAAGGGGGAAUACAGGAGAAAAAGUAAAACCCCAUUCUAAUGCAUCAGACUUGUCGAAAAGCUCGGUAUCUCUGGAGAAGAGCUUGUCUCAAGACUUCCUGUUGUCAGACAGCGCGUGGGACAAUGCAAGCGAUGACGCCUGUUUCCUAGAAGCUACUGAAGAUGUGGAACUAGCUGAAGCUGCAAAUGAUAGUCUGAAUUAUGCCAUGGAAGAAAUUCCUGAUGAAGUUCUUUUGGAAUCUUUAAGGAAACAGGACACUUGCAAUAAAGGUGGCAGCUAA